GGAGAGAGCGAGCGAGCGGAGAGUGAGGAGAGAGAGAGAGGGAGGGGGGGGGAAAUCCCCGACCCAAAACCCUGGGACAAGAGGUGCGGCAGGACCACCUCUCGGCGAGGGACCGACGGCAGCUCCGCUCCCGGCCGCAGCCCGCCGCCCUGCCCGCCCUGCCCGCCGCCAGACGUGGCUCUCCCCGGGAGGACCCGGGGCUCCUCCGCCGGAGUUGGAGGUGGGCUUCAACUUUUGCUCGCUGUCUCCGCCGCAGUCACCCCGCGGUCCCGCCGGGGGCUUCUCCCCGCGGCAGCGCAUCCCCGUCGCGGGUGGGGAAGGCAGCCCCGCGCGGCCCGGCCCCACCAUGACUUCCAAAGAAGAACCCAAGCCUUCCUCGGGGGAAGAACGGCGGCGGAGCCCCUUGGAUCACCUCCCACCGCCGGCCAACUCCAACAAGCCCCUCACCCCCUUCAGCAUCGAGGACAUCCUCAACAAGCCCUCGGUGCGGAGGAGUUACACCCUCUGCGGAACGGCCCACCUCCUCUCCGCCGCCGAGAAGCAUCCCCCGGCCGGGCUGCCCCUCUCCGGCCGGGCGCUGCUCUCCCAAACCUCGCCCCUCUGCGCCCUGGAAGAACUGGCCAGCAAGACCUUCAAGGGGCUGGAAGUCAGCGUGCUGCAGGCGGCCGAAGGCAGGGACGGGAUGACGAUCUUCGGUCAGCGGCAAACGCCAAAGAAGCGUCGAAAGUCGCGGACGGCCUUCACCAACCACCAGAUCUACGAGCUGGAGAAGCGGUUCCUCUACCAAAAAUACUUGUCACCGGCGGACCGGGACCAGAUCGCCCAGCAGCUGGGGCUCACCAAUGCCCAGGUCAUCACCUGGUUCCAGAACCGCCGCGCCAAGCUCAAGCGAGACCUGGAGGAGAUGAAGGCCGACGUGGAAUCGGCCAAAAAGCUGGGCCCCAACCCCGCCGUGGACAUCGUGGCCUUGGCCGAGCUGGAGCCCAGCGCCGAGGGAAGGGGCAAGGCGCGGUCCGGUUCCCCGCCGCCGCCCCCCUCCGCCGCCCGGGAGCCCGGCGCCCCGCCGCCGCCCCGCCCCGCCUCGCCCCCCACGGAGCGGCCCCGCAGCCGCCGGGACAGCGAGGAGGAGGAGGAGGAGGAGGAGGAGGACGUGGAGAUCGACGUGGAUGACUGAGGGGCGGCCGGCGGGCC